AUGGAUAAAGUAUGUCAAUAUUGUCAGGCAUUGAAAUUUCGGAAUGAAGCAGCCGGCAUGUGCUGCGCAUCAGGAAAAGUUGUGCUGUCACCUCUACCCGCUCCGCCGGAGCCUUUAUUAUCCCUUCUUACUGGCAAUUCAGAUGAUUCCAAAUUAUUUUUGCGUAAGAUACGCAAAUUUAAUUCUUGCUUCCAAAUGACGUCAUUUGGGGCAACUAAAAUUUGCGAUCGUGCAUCCGAUGGACGUAAUCUUGAAACUACAUUCAAAAUUCAAGAGCGUGUGACGACUCGGUGCCUGUAUAAUUUUAUUGAACAAGCAGAGGAAAGAGCAAUUGUGAUAUUAUUGGAAAAUUUUUUAGAAGAUCACAAUCAACUAAUUCAAUUGAUCAAAAGAGUUUCGCCACGACUGCAAAAUGACAAUUAUCAAAUCGUCAUAAAAGCCGACAAAGUACCAUUAGGUGAACAUGCUGGUAGAUUCAACGCUCCAACUGUUGAUGAGGUUUCUGUUAUCAUGGUUGGUGAUCCAGUUGACAAAAGAUCUAUAAAAAUUACACGGCGAGACAACACUGUUAGUACGAUUUCGGAUCUACACCGUUCAUAUGACGCACUACAAUAUCCAUUGAUAUUUUGGCAAGGACAAGAUGAAUAUCACCUUAAUAUCAAACAGUAUGAUCCAAAUACCGGUGAUUACAGAAAUAAUAAAGUUAGCUCAAUGAACUACUACGCACACCGAAUAAUGGUUAGACAACAUCAAGAUAAUUAUAUCCUUCGAUAUCGUCAGCUGUUCCAUAAAUACAUUGUUGAUAUGUAUGCUAAGGUUGAAAGCGAACGCUUGCGAUUCCUUCGAUUUAACCAGGCAAAACUACGAUCGGAAGAAUAUAUUCACUUACGAGAUGCUGUUGUUGGAAACAUCGAUGGAAAUUUAAAUCCCAAUGACAUCGGUAAUGCUUUCAUUUUACCUUCAAGCUACAUCGGCAGUCCACGGAACAUGCAGGAAUACAUACAAGAUGCGAUGACUUACGUACGUCAUUACGGCCGACCGGAUUUAUUUAUUACAUUCACAUGUAAUCCGAAUUGGGAAGAGAUACAAACUUUACUAUUGCCAGGACAACAAGCCAUUCAUCGUCAUGAUUUAACUGCACAGUGGCAAAAGCGAGGUUUGCCUCAUGCCCACAUUUUGGUUUGGCUUAAAGAUAGAAUCCGUCCUGAAGAAAUCGAUCAAAUAAUUUCAGCCGAAAUUCCAGACCCAUUAAUUGAUCAAGAAUUAUUUGAUAUUGUCACCAAACACAUGAUCCAUGGGCCAUGCGGUGCUUUCAACAUGACGUCACCGUGCAUGGAAAAUGGAAAAUGUAAAAAAAACUUCCCAAAGCCGCAUACGAAUGACACGAUCACGGAUAUUGAUGGUUAUCCAAUGUAUCGCCGCAGAAGUACUGAGAAUGGUGGCCACACAUUUACAAUGCGACUGCCGAACUUUCAAAAUCAAGUUGAGUUUGAUAAUCAGUGGGUGGUACCAUACUCACCACUACUUUCAAAAACUUACAAAGCUCAUAUCAAUGUUGAGCUUUGCAGUUCUGUUAAAUCAAUUAAGUAUAUUUGUAAAUAUGUAAACAAAGGCAGUGAUUUGGCCAUAUUUGAAGUACAAAACAUAAAUAAAAAUGACGAAAUAGCACGAUACCAAAUGGGCAGAUACAUUAGCAGCAAUGAAGCUAUUUGGCAUAUUCUCAGCUUUCCCAUCCACGAAAGAGAUCCUGCUGUCCAACAUCUGGCAAUACAUCUUGAAAACGGUCAACGUGUAUACUUCACUGAAGAAAAUGUUCUCCAAAGAGCAUUCGAAGCUCCGAAAACGACUCUAACUGAAUUUUUUACAUUGUGUCAAAAACCUGAUGUUUUUGGCCAAUUCGCGAAGACAUUGGUGUAUGGUGAUGUUCCACGUUAUUUCACAUGGAACAAAUCCAGUAAAAAAUGGGAGCCACGGAAACAAGGAAAACCACAUCCUUCCAUUACAGGCAUAUUCAAAGCUAAGACAUUGGGGAGACUUUACACGGUACAUCCAAAGCAACGUGAGUGCUUCUAUUUACGUUUGUUAUUGGUGAAUGUUCCCGGACCAACGUCUUUUGAAUUUUUACGAACAGUUAAUGGUCGAGUAUUCAAUACAUACCAGGAUGCAUGUCGUGAACUGCGAUUGCUAGAAGACGAUAACCAUUGGGACUUAACGCUUGCUGAUGCUGCGUUGACAUCAACACCGAAUAACAUUCGUCAGUUGUUUGCAAUUAUUUUGACGACAUGUUAUCCCUCGCAAGCACAAACUUUGUGGGAAAAAUAUAAAAAUUGUAUGACAGAAGACAUCUUGCACCGAAUUAGACAAACAAAUCAAUGCCAAAACAUAGAUUAUACACCAGAGAUGUACAAUGAAGCAUUGGUCUUGAUCGAGGAUCUAUGUGUUCUUAUUUCAUAUUUACCACUUAAUCAUUAUGGUAUGCCAUCACCUAAUCGUUCAGCCACCGACUUAGUCAAUACCGAUUUACAACGAGAAAAUCAAUAUGACCAUGGAAGUUUAGCAACAAUUAUCAUGAACAGUGAACCAUUACUGACAGCAGAACAAAAAAUUAUUUAUGAUCGGAUUAUGCUGGCUGUUGCUGCUGAACAAGGCGGUUUUUUUUUCUUGGAUGCACCCGGUGGAACCGGUAAGACAUUUUUAAUAUCGUUGAUUCUUGCCAAAAUACGGUCGCAACAAAAAAUCGCAUUAGCAGUAGCAUCGUCAGGCAUUGCGGCUACUUUACUAGAUGGUGGGCGAACAGCACAUUCAACAUUCAAGCUGCCAUUGGACGUUCAUAAUAAACCAGAUGCAAUGUGUAACAUCAAAAAGAAUAGUGGAAUAGCUGUAGUGUUGCGGAAGAGUUCUAUAAUAAUUUGGGAUGAGUGCACAAUGGCACACAAAUAUUCACUUGAAGCAUUAAACAGAACUAUGCAAGAUUUAAACAGCAAUAAUAAACUUUUCGGUGGUGCUAUCUUACUUUUGUCUGGUGACUUCCGGCAGACCUUACCGGUUAUACCUCGCUCUACUUUCGCGGAUGAGAUUAAUGCAUGUUUGAAACAAUCAUUCUUAUGGCGAAGUGUUGAAGCACUUCGAUUGACCAUAAAUAUGCGAGUACAAUUGCAAAAUGAUCCAUCAGCACAAAUAUUUUCCGAACAACUAUUAGAUAUUGGGAACGGUAAAAUAGAACUGCAACCAAAUACGCAAUGCAUUAAACUAGCAGACAAUUUUUGCACUGUUGUUCAGGAUAAAAAUGAAUUGAUUCAGAGUAUUUUCCCGGAUAUACAGAAUAUUUAUUUGAAUCAUGAAUGGCUUAGUCAACGGGCGAUUUUGGCAGCCAAAAACGUUGAUGUUGACGAAAUUAACUUCCACAUACAACAGUUGUUACCAGGCGAUCUGAUGUCUUUUAAAUCAAUCGAUACUGUUGUUGAUGAAAAUGAAAGUGUAAAUUUUCCGAUUGAAUUUUUAAAUUCAUUAGAUAUCCCUGGAAUGCCACCACAUAAUCUUCGAUUAAAGAUUGGUUCCCCUAUUAUUCUCCUCCGUAAUUUGAAUCCACCUCAAUUAUGUAACGGUACGCGUUUGGUCAUCAAAAAGAUCACCGGAAACAUUCUUGAAGCAACCAUUUUGUCUGGGAAGUUUAAAGGAAAAGUGGUCCUGCUGCCACGUAUUCCGAUGAUACCAUCAGAUUCUACCAUACCCUUCAAAAGGCUACAGUUUCCAAUUCGUUUAGCUUUCGCCAUGUCUAUAAAUAAAUCUCAAGGUCAAACAAUGUCCAUUUGUGGUUUAGAUUUGGAAAAUCCAUGUUUUUCUCAUGGGCAACUAUAUGUUGCGUGUUCACGUGUUGGGAAACCGUCGAAUCUAUUUGUGUUAGCUAAAGACAGGUUAACCAAAAACAUUGUGCACCGAUUGGUGUUAAAUUAA